AUGGUUGCCACGCUCACGACGACCUGGUCGACCUUCUCAUGCGACGAAGUAGCUUUCCUCCUCGAUGCAUUGGUGGGGCGCCCAUUCACAAGCGACAGCUUUGUCCAUAUCACAUCCAACAUCCUUCGCCUCGAUGCUAUUCCUGUUGCGGGCCCGACAGAAAUCACGCCAUCCCCUACGGCAAAGUUGCUCGUCGCUACAUCACCACCACUGUUUCACUGCCUGCAGCCAUGUUGUGGGGAUGCUAUCCGGUGGCCGAGGGGCUAUUGCAGUGCUCACGGGGGCAAAGCCAAGUGUAGCGAGCAGGAUUGCACCCGCGACCGACAAACGGGCGGCAAGUGUAUCAAGCACGGCGGUGGCCUGCGGUGCAAAGUGCAAAACUGUCCCCGAUCUGUUCAAACCCGGGGACUCUGCAAAGCCCACGGAGGCGGCGUCCGGUGCCAGGUGAUCGGCUGCUGCAAUGGCUCGCAAGGAGGGGGGUUUUGCAGGGGCCACGGUGGGGGCAAGAAGUGUGUCGUUCCUGGAUGUGACAAGGGGGUUCAAAAGUGCAACUUGUGUACUGCCCACGGCUCGUCCAAGGCUCUUUCGUACGGCGUACAUUGA